CGCUGAUAAACCCCACCGAAGAAGAAGAACGGCUGUAAAGAUGGCGGCUCCCAUAACGUGGAGGAGGCUGCGAUACUGUGUGUCCACGCCGGCCCUGGCUGGGGUUUUCACUCGAAUAUCAGACCGAUUCUUCCGUACACGCGAUCGGAGGAGAGGGUCAUCUUUGUUGCUCCUAGCCCCUCUCCUAGCAGAGGCCGACUCCUCUCCCCUUCCUCUCUUCAGAUCCCCCGGGUCGACUGGAGCUCAGGGCACCGAUGGCCUCCAUGCCCGCUUCCUUUGGAUGGCAGAACAUGUGCCCGCCUUCAGGGUGCCUGGCACACACAUCCACAUCCUCACCUCCCCUGACCAGUUUUACCAGGCAAUGAAGGCUCGAAUAAAGACGGCUAAGAGGAGAGUGGUGAUGGCCUCUCUGUAUCUGGGUACAGGACCCCUGGAACAGGACCUGGUGGACUGUAUGCAGGAAGCUCUGCAGCGUUCACGGGAGGUUGACAACUCCGACCUGCAGGUCUCCAUUCUAUUAGACUUCACACGCGGCUCACGAGGUCAGACUAACUCUAGGACCAUGUUGCUGCCGUUGCUGCAGCAGUACAGCAGUCAGAUGCGUGUGUCUCUGUACCAUACCCCUGAUCUGAGAGGGUUGCUCCGGCUCCUGGUCCCACAGCGCUUCAACGAGACCAUCGGGGUACAGCACAUAAAAGCCUACCUGUUUGACGAUGACCUCAUCAUCAGCGGGGCCAACCUGAGUGACUCGUACUUCACCAACAGACAGGACCGCUAUGUGCUCCUGGAGAACUGUUGGGAGGUGGCAGACUUCUUCUCUGAUCUGGUGGGUGCCGUGGGAGACGUGUCAUUACAGCUACAGCCUGACAACUCUGUCAGCAUGAUGGAAAACAUGGUGCACCCCUACAGAGGUAACCGGGAUGAUUUCUCGGCGUCGGCCCGGCAACACAUCAUGGAGGUGGUGAACACUGCUCGUAUGCGCCAAGACAUCGCCAACUCGGAACGUUUGACGCGGGAGAGCAAGGGUGAAGAAGGGGGAGGGAAGGAGGACACUUGGGUUUUUCCUCUGGUUCAGAUGAAACCUCUGGGAAUACAGGUGGAUGAGGAGAUCACACAGCGUUUGCUGACAGAUGCGGGUCCCGGUGCAACUGUGUUUCUGACGUCGGGGUAUUUCAACCUGACAAGGGCCUACAUGUCGCUGGUUCUGGGGGUGGGCGCCGACUAUCGGAUCCUCACCGCCUCCCCGGAGGUCAACGGGUUUUUCGGCGCCAAGGGCAUUGCCAGGGAGAUUCCAGCGGCCUACAUCCACAUUGCCAGACAGUUCUACAGCAAAGUGUGUCAGCUGGGACAGCAGGAGAGAGUUCACCUCCACGAGUACCACAGAGCACACUGGACCUUCCACGCCAAGGGGCUGUGGUACUACUUGCGGGGGCAUGUGCGGCCGUGCCUGACUCUAAUUGGCUCUCCAAACUUUGGCUACCGCUCGGUGCACCGGGACCUGGAGGCCCAGAUCGCCAUAGUAACAGAGAACCAGGAACUACAGGCCCACUUGCAGGAAGAGCAGGAGAUGUUGUACCAGAGGUCUACAGAGGUGUCCAGCUCUACGUUCCAGCAGCCAGAUCGCCAUGUCAAGCUGUGGGUCAAAUUGGUCACUCCCCUCAUCAAGAAGUUCUUCUGAGAGAAACAGCCAAACAAAGGUCCCUUGCCACUGCUAUGUGUACCAGCCCUCAACCUAGCCCACGGCCGCAUCAACCUCAGAAGCUGAACCCAGCUACCUUUCUCCACUUUACUCCCCCCUCCUCCUCAACGUCCCGUCUCUCUGAGAGAAACUGUCGGACCCAUCUGGCCUUUGACCCCUCAGCAUCAACAUUCUGUAGUCAGCAUCUGGACCCAUUCGGGUGAGUGUGAGAGAAGUCAUUCUGCUGACGGCUAGAGUAGGCGGUGUACUAGGCAGUGGGGUCAAAGGUGGCUUAGACGGGGGAAGGGUGGCUUAUUGUGUGUGUUCUAACAGGGAUGUAGACUUGCCUUACAGGAAGUAUUUUCUUUUUAUGGUGACGGUAAAUGCUGAGGCGGAGGUGUCUCGUCACCACAAUGUUACUCAGUGAGACAAAUGGCCACUAAAUGUCAGUGUGUGAUCAGCUGCCGUGAGGGAACGAUGACGGAUGGGGCCACACAUUCCUCGUCAUACUCCACAAGCAUCCAAAUACAUGAACAAAGAUGUUAUCUAUCUAUAGUUUGUUUUUGUUACUGUGUUGUUCUUGUAAAUGAACACAUUUUAGAAAUGGAAAUUAAAACACACACUUACAGUGGACAUACACACUCUCACUGAGCAUGUGAGGUGGGAUCAGGGUCUGUUAACCCCGUGUCCCGGACCAGGUCAGUCAUCUAUAGAUGAACAUCCAUCCUCCUUCCUGCCACCCAGAAACAGCCCUAGUAUCCACUGGCGUAACGCAGUUUCUCUGGAACCCCCCUGUAAAGUCAGAGCCCCCCCCCCCCCAAAGUAUAAAGUAAAAGUAUAUCAAAGUAUAGAAUACCGUCCACGGUGAUUAAAUUGCGACAUGUCUAUACGGAUGGAUGCUUAUUGAAACGAUUUUAUAGGGUUUCUGUGGUGCCAUGGCGUAACUUUGCUUUAGCUAAUGUAUAAAUGUUUACUGGUAGGCCUAUUUGGUUGUCAUUUUCUCACGUUAAGCACGCUGUCACAAUGCUGCCAUUUGUAGCUUGCUGGCUGGUGGCAAUAUAAUUACUUAUUCUGUAAAAUUAUAAAUGUUUGAUGAAACCGCAUACUAAUCAGCUACCAUAUAUAUAUAUAUAUAUAUAUAUAUAUAUAUAUAUAUUUGAUUAUACAACUGUCCUGUAUAGGCUACCUGAAUCUGCAUGACAUGAACCCUCCUUGUACUCUCUCCUAGCUUGGAUAGAAAGUUGUGCGUAAAACCAGUCUUGAUGCCAAAAUGAUAGUUGGUCCACCUUCAAAACACUAGCUUACUAGGGAUUGUUUCAUUAUGCAGUGUACUAUCUAUAGCUUUACAGUGCCUUCGGAAAGUAUUCAGACCCUUUGACUUUUUCCACAUUUUGUUACGUUACAGCCUUAUUCGUUUUUUUAUACCCCUCAAUCUACACACGCUACCCCAUAAGGUUUUUAGACGUUUGCUAAUAUAUUACAAAUAAAGGAAAUCAUAUUUACGUAAGUAUUCAGACCCUUUACUCAGUACUUUGUUGAAUCAUCUUUGGCAGUGAUAACAGCCUCUAGUCUUCUUGGGUAUGAUGCUACAAGUUUGG